GAAAACGGAACAACAAAAACAGAAGGCUAGAAGCUAAAACAACCUUUUGCCAACGUCAUAUACUCCCCAUGCAAUACAAAGUGCCCAAGCCACCCUGUUAGGUUCCUUGCAUUAUUUAAAAAGGGAUGGACUGAUGCUUGUUCAUGACAUGACACAGAGGAAUUAAAUAGGAGUGAACAAUGUUAACAUUAAGGAAAAAUGAAGAGUUACUGUUCUAACCUAUUUAAGAAAAUGGGUCAAAUAUUCUCCUUGUUUGUUGGGUGGGCUCAUCUGAUUUCCACCCUCUGGUUCUUACUCUCUCUCAUCUGAUUUCCACCUUAAAAGAAAAGCUGCUGGUUAUUAAUGAGAUAGACAGAGGGGUAAAGGUUCUCGUAUUUUUCAGAUGCAGGAACAUAUAUAUCACCAAAAGUUUGUCUUCUAGUGAUUAAAUUCAGAGAAGUAAUGGUGCUAGGAUUACUCUAGCCAUUGAUUGCAAGAGCUUUAUGAGCAUUGCAAGGGUUAGGUUCCUUCGACCAAUGUGUGUAAAUCUGCAUUUGUUUGACGAGGGCAAAGGCUCCAGAGAGACAAAGCUAUAAGUCCACUUUCUAGCUUUGCAUCCUGUCCGCUGGCUCCAGUGGCUGCCAUGGAGGCUCCUCAUAUCCUCGGAGGCAUGGAAGAUGAAGAACAUAGCAGCAGUGAGUCUGGUUGGACCAUGUAUAUUGGCUCCUCCACCCAAGAAAACGAUCACUACAAUUACAUUGAUGAGUACGAUUGUGAUACUCAUGAGCAGGAAGAAGACUACCACAAAAAUCAGCGUGGCAACUAUGACGGUAACAGCCAAAAUGAUGAUGAGAGUGAUGACUCAAUGGCCUCAGAUGCCUCUUCUGGGCCGAGUCAUCACAAACUUCCAUGCAGCAGUGAGCAAAAUCUUGGGAUGGAUCGUCACAAGCUUGAACCGCUUAAGUCCACCUCAACAGAAAAACUUCACAAACAGGUGAUCAAAAGGGACCAAAGAAGAAACAAAAUUGAGAAGGAAAAGUUAGAGGGUAAGGCAACCAGUGCUGCUAGUCAUGUUCGAAGUGGAGAGAAAGUGAAGAUAAUCAACUUUAUGAGCCAGGAAGAAUAGGUGUGUCCCAAAUUUCCCCAGCACUCUGUUUGUGACGCAUGUCUGCUGAUUCUGUUUCUCUGGAUUUCACAAAAUCAGUAUCAAUGUUGAAUGGGGGAUAGGUGACUAGAGAAUCUCAUAGAUGUUUCAUGGUGAAGCAUAUAUCAGGGUGUUUUAAUGCGUUCUAUGUAAGUUCCUUAUUAUUGUUACUGCUAUUCUCAUCAUCAUCAUUAUGAAUGUUUCUAGUAUUAAAUUCUCUUGCAAA